UGUGUGGCCAUUGUAACGACGAUUGUCUUCCAAUUUUCAGAUCUUUCAAUUUUCCUCAUGCCGACUUUUGGUGCUUGGAAAUUAAGGAAAGCCUUUCAAAAAAAGGAUCGUCCUUGUACGGCGUUUGAAAUUAGCACUGCGAAUACUUUGAUUCGUGGCCUGCUUGUGAUAAAAAAACACACACGAAUGGAACAAAUCAAGCACCAGGUGGCGGGCUGCUUCGAUCGAAAUUUGAUAAAAACAGUCUACCAUGUUCCCGUUCCAGCACAUUCUAGCCAACCGUGGGGGACCGUAAAUUAAGACCAAUCGUGUGAAUUAGUUUCAUUUUAUUACAGUGUGUGUAUACACUGGGACGGAUCGAGCUAGAGCUAAAGUCGGCAGGCGAUAAGAUAGAAGCCUCUCCCAUCGCCCUUUGUUGCGUGAUAAACAUAAGCUCCUCAGAUUUUUGGACCACUGCUGGUUUGCAAUUAGAGGCGUCCAACACCGCCCCCCACCCGCCAGCACGAGCAGCGAGCGCGCGAAAUGAGCAGGAAAAAUGAGACGGAGCGGCAGAAGCAGAUACAGGAAAAGUGUCAGAUGCUGCUGACGAAGAUGCUGCGGGACGACGACAACAAGUACUGCGUGGACUGCGACGCGAAGGGACCGCGCUGGGCGUCCUGGAAUUUGGGCGUGUUUCUGUGCAUCCGCUGUGCCGGCAUCCACCGCAAUCUGGGCGUCCACAUUAGCCGGGUGAAGUCGGUCAACCUGGACAGCUGGACACCGGAACAGGUGGUUUCCCUCGAGCAGAUGGGCAACUCCCGUGCCCGGGCCGUGUACGAAGCAAUGAUACCGGACGGGUUCCGGCGUCCGCAGACCGAUUCCGCACUCGAGAGCUUCAUCCGGGCCAAGUACGAGCACAAGAAGUAUCUUGCCCGGGAGUGGGUCCCACCGCCGGCCCCGAAAGUUGACUGGGACCGGGAGAUCGACGAGGAGAUCGAGCGGCAAAAGCGCAAGAAAAAAGCUUCCUCCUCGGGUGGGGCCGGCGGCACCAUCGGCUCGGUCGGUGGAUCGCUCUCCCUUUCAUCGCCCGCGGACAGGAAAUCCCAUUCAGCGGGUGGUGCAUCCAGCGCCGCCUCACCUUCGUCGGUCGGAUCGGCUGUGCCAAAGCUGAAAGCCCCUGCCAGCAGUAUGAAACCGUCCAGCCGGAAUUCGGGUGGUGGUGCCGGUGGUUCACUGAACAGCUCUGCCUCCUCGUCGGACGCGGCCAGUGGCCAAUCGGCGGUGCAAAACACGAGCGCUGGGACGGAUCUGCUCGGCCUGUCGCUUGGCGAGGGCAGUUUGACGCCGAAUCACAGCAGCGCUAGCAACAAACCCGCCAACGGACUGUCUGCGACCGGCGGCAGCAGCAGCAGCAGCAAUGGGGUGGAUUUGCUCGAGCGGAAAAACAACGACCCGGACGAUCUGGCAAAGGUGGAGGCGGACUUUUUCAAUCAAGCCGGCAGCACUGGUGCUGGUGCGGGCGGGCUGGACGCAAGCGGCAAGCUGACGAAGGACAAAAUUAUGGCCCUUUACGGAUCGGCUCCGAGCAGUGGACCGACGCCGCUCGGCAGUGGGUUCGGUGGACCGGCGGCGGGUGGUUUCGGUGGAUUCCAGCAGGCCGGCAGCACGUUCCCGCCCGCCAACGGGGCCGGCAUGAUGCCGGCGAACGCGUUCGGUGCGUUCCAAACGUUCCCGACCGGUGCCGGACCACAACCGCCGCCCGGACAGUACGCGAUGAUGGGUGCGGGCGUACCGCCGCAGAUGGUGUUCCACAGCAACAAUGGUGCGAUGGGCGGUGCUCCCGGCGGCAUGAUGGCACAGCAGGGCGCGAUGUUUAACGCACAGCAGGUCGGCGUUCCGCCGAUGGUUCCCGCGUACGGUGCAAUGGCGGGCCAGUACGGUGCUGCCAGUGGUUUCCCGCCCAUGAUGGGUAUGCAGCCCCCCCAGCAAGGGCAGGUAAUGGGACCGGGAGGAGGCGGAGUGGCUGCGUUUGCUAACUUUCCUAAAGCCGUCCCUCCGCAGCAGCAGCAGCAGCAGCAGCAACAGCAAGCGCAAGACAAGCUAAGCAAUCAGUUCGGCACGAUGAAUCUGCGAGACGUGUGGCAAUAAGAGAAGAACCGUGGACCUUAGCAAUCCCCUCGGGGCCGUCUAACUUAUCUAGAGCCUCUAGCCACACACACACACACACACACACACACACACGCGCGCGCAGUCCCCUUUCUCCCGUCCGAAAGCCAAAAGCAGUUGAAAAAACGAUAAAAAAAACCAGUUUAAAGUACCGAAACCGGUAAGCGGGUGGGGGAAGGAACCUAAAAACACUAUCACAACAGGAAGCAGGAAUGGGGAAGUAAAAUGGUGCGAGCGAGCGAGCGGGCGGGCGCGCAGAUUGUAGGGCAAUUACACUUAUUUAGCUAAACGAAACAUGAGAAUGAAAACUAUGGAAAAGCAUAAGCAGAAUCACAAGUAUAUAGAUAUAUAAAUAUAAUAGUAGGUUAGUGUUGAACCAUACCCUCCCCCUUACUUCCCCUCCUCUUCUCCCUCCUUCCCCUGCUGGCAUGAUGCCCCGCCAUCGUUUCGUCUGUGUGUGUGUGUACACUCUUGUUCGAUUAGAAGGAUAAUCCUUCGUAGUCGUAUUAACUUUCCUUUUCCAUUCCGACGGUGACUCACUGCGAAAGGGUUAGAAAUAUAAAUAUACAGGAAAGGGUGCACGAUCAAGACAGGGAUGAAAAUACUAUACUAUUACUGCGACCGUAUUCGCACCGUCGCAUUCAGGGUACCAGGAAGACAAACAUUGACACAGCGGUUCCUUUUCCGAGAGUUUGUUUUGUUUUCUGUUGUAACUGCUACUAUUUUGAAUUAAAAGGAGAUGAAACAAAGAGCUACUGUAUACAUACACAUAUUAUGGUAUUACUUACAUCGCGGAUGUUGGCUGUGUGUCUGAUGUUGGGGGGGGGGCGCAGUGGAGAAAAUCAAGGGAAAAUGCGUACACUACUGUAUACCGAAUAGGGUAUGGAAGAUGGAAGCGAACGGAAGCAACAGUUACGAUGUGCAAGAAUUUGUUUAAGUAAAAGGCAAUUUUAAACUACAUGUCCAUGCCCCAGUCCACACACACACACACAGGGAGAAUGAGAGGGAUGGAAAUACACAGAGUUGCAUAAAAGCUGUAUUUCUCACAAUGUGUUUGCGUGUCUAGAGUAUUCUAAUUGGAAAUGCAGGAGGGGUUUUGUGAAGAUGCAAUACCGGGCGACCCAGCCAUAGGAGGAGCAUCAGCUCAGAAAGCACGUGUCCGUGUGUGUUGAGGUAUUAGUGGAUGUCGCUGCAGCAUGGAAGCUAUAUUUUAGAGAAUAAUUAAAAGAAUGAAUGACGUGAAUACGAUCCGAUUCAUCGAUACCGACGAUAGCGUAAUCGGACCGGACUAGAAGUAUUUCCUUUUCUCCCCAUCCCUUCCCCACCUUCCCCAACUAACCCCCCUGAAAUGGGCAUAUGUGCUGCGGUUAAUUGUAUUUAGUUGUGGAAAUAAAUCGAUCGAAUGCGAAACACUUA